GAAGCCAAAUACCCAAAAAAAAGAAAAAAAAAGUGAUUUUCAUAUUUCUUUGAUAAUAACAAAUCUUGAAUAAUUGUAAGUGGCUAGACUUUUAUAAAAUGGAAGGGGAUCCUGGUCAGACUGAAUAUUUUUCAAGCUAUGAAGACUUAGAGGUUCAUAAACUAAUGUUAGAAGAUAAAUCACGAACAGAGACUUACCGUAAUGCUAUACUUAGCAACAAAGAUUAUUUCACAGACAAAAUAGUGAUGGAUGUGGGUUGCGGAACAGGCAUACUGGCUGUAUUCUGUGCACAGGCGGGAGCUAAGAAAGUCUAUGCUGUUGAAGCUAGCAGUUUGGCUAAUAUGGCUAAGGAGAUUGUUAAGGAGAAUGGAUAUGAUGAAGUUAUAGAAGUAAUUCAUGGUAAAGUAGAAGAUGUAGAACUUCCAGACAACAUUAAAGUGGAUGCCAUAGUCUCUGAAUGGAUGGGUUUCUACCUCCUCCAUGAAGGCAUGUUGGAUUCUGUCAUUGUUGCCAGGGACAAGUUUUUGAAGGAAGACGGCCAUAUAUUUCCAAAUACUGCUACCAUCUAUAUUGCUCCAUGUAGCGUACCAUCGUUGUACAGCGCUUGGUCAGACGUUUAUGGUGUCUCAAUGGCCACAUUCGCCAGGCAUCUUAGGAGUACAAAAUGUAAAAAGCCCGAGGUAUUAAUUGUGAAACCUGAAGACCUUCUAAGUGCAGAAGUCGCGGUGUGCUGGAUCGAUUUAAAAAAUGACAAAGUCGAGGACUUGAAUAGUUUUAGUAUUCAGCAAGUUAUACCAACAAAAACCAAAGGUCAAUACCAAGGACUUUGUAUAUGGUUUGACUGUACCUUUCCCUCAUUGACCAACAACCCCGGUGUGACCCUCGGAACUGGCCCAAUGGACUUACCAACGCAUUGGAAACAAACUGUGAUAGUGUUACCACAGGAACAUGAGGUUGAUGAAGGCGAGCCUAUAGCCUUUCAAUUGGAUAUAAAUAAAGAUACUCAAAAUUGUAGAAGGUAUAAUCUACAAUUGACACUCGUAGAUCCAGAAGAAGUCGAACAUCCGCUUCCGUGUGAUUGCCAUUACACAAAAUGUAUCCUAAUUAAAACCUACAUGUUGGCACAUCCGGAAAGGGAUGUACCUUGCAAUGGCAUCGUUGAUGAAAGUGUUCCAAUGCUGGAACAGGACGACGGAAUCGUCGAGGAAAACAUUGAUGACGACGGCUAAAUAUAUUUUUUUAUUGAUGAUUUGCAGU